CGGGAGAUCAUCUAAAAAGAACCCCUAACGUGUCUGUGUUUUAUUCCUCAAUAGUUCUUGUGCUGUAUCAACAAUUGAUAUAGUUCUGUUUUCAAAAAUCAUAUGGAUAUGUAGUGUGCUCCCUGUGUGUUCUUAUCAUUUCAGCAUAAAACAACCAGGUUCAAAUGAUUUAAUUUGCUGCAAACACUUGCUUGUUAUGUUGAGAGAUUCAGUGAGGCUAACAAAGCUGGCAGGUAGAGAGGCCUCAGUCCACUGUGGAACAUUUACUUCAUCUACAAAAAAACAUGCAUUUUUUUUUCUCCAUGGCCAAGUGAUUGGUUGACGAGUAGGUAUGAUUUCAGUGUUAGAAGGCAAGAGGGCUAGCCUAGCCGCGCUAGACCCAUGCUCUGAAGACGCAAGGGUCUAGGCAUGCUCGACAGGGAGGGAGGCGGGCUAAAAGGUUGUCUAUCAAAUCACUCUGCAGCAAUUGGGUAGGUAUGCAACCAAUCAGCGCAACGAAUAGGCUCCUAGAGCACCGGAAAUCAGAGGAUGCGGUAGUUCGGUGAAGCCUUAUUUAUACAGUCAAUGGGUGAAGCUCAAGUAUAUUACAGACAUGUUAACAGAAAGAUUAUUCAGAGUUGGUCCUAAUGGAGCUCAACGACUGUUGUCGUUUUUGUUGUCGACCCUGGCAGAGAAUUAAAUUUGUUGCCGUGGGUUGUCUAGCGCGGCUAGGCUAGUUGUUUCCAGUUGUUUCUGUCAGAAUCAUCGCGCCUCUGUCGUCACUUAGUUACACCCGCCUUCUGACUCUACACUUCAUGGUGAUUCGUCCGGCCAGUUUUAGGAGCAUCUAACCUCGAGCCUUAUGGAGGGUAACUAGACCCACCCUGGCAGAGAAUUAAAUUCGUUGCCGUGGGUUGUCUAGCGCGGCUAGGCUACAAGAGGGCUUAAAUGAAUGGUAAUGCAUCAUUCCAUUAAAAAUGUCAUUCUGUGCCUUCCACCUGACACCGACACAAUCAGCUUUUUAUGUACAAUAACUUUAGUUUAUUUAGGGAAGCCCUGCAAGUUUUAUCCUGAAACCCCAUUCAGAAUCAAGAAAGUUUUCGGAUACGAGAAACUUGACAUGGCAUUUUUGUGCAGGAAAGAAAGACACCGACAUGGAGACAAUUUCUGGAAAGGGAAACAAAGAUUUCAAAAAAGCAAGAAUUACAAGUCAGUGGUAGUGCAGGUGGUAGAGGACCAAUGAACAGUACAUGUAGCAAAUAGAAUUUAUGAAAAUAAUAAAAAUAGUCCAAAGUAUUUACAGUGUGCAGGUAUGUGCACAUUAAUCGCCUGAGGAUGUGGAAGGUUACAUAGAAUGUAAAAACUUCCUUUGCGUUCAUGUAACACGCAGAGUCAGCUAUGGUGGGAUGAGGGCCAGAGCCACUGAGGUCACUGGUGUCGUUAAUGAGACCAGCUGCUGUUGGGCUGAAACUAAAUUUUCCAAAAAAAAUCAUGACUAGCCUUUAAUGUAUGAGCUGAAUGUGUAAAUAGAAAACUGCCUGCUAACAACCAGUCUUCUACUGUAGGUUUAAGAAAAAUUUACACUACCGUUCAAAAGUUUGGGGUCACCCAGACAAUUUCAUGUUUUCCAUGAAAACUCACACUUUUAUUCAUGUGCUAACAUAACUGCACAAGGGUUUUCUAAUCAUCAAUGAGCCUUUCAACACCAUUAGCUAACACAAUGUAGCAUUAGAACACAGGAGUGAUGGUUGCUAGAAAUGUUCCUCUGUACCUCUAUGUAGAUAUUCCAUUAAAAAUCAGCCGUUUCCAGCUAGAAUAGUCAUUUACCACAUUAACAAUGUCUAGACUGGAUUUCUGAUUCAUUUAAUGUUAUCUUCAUUGAAAAAAAUGCUUUUCUUUCAAAAAUAGGGACAUUUCUAAGUGAAUGUUUGAACAGUAGUGUAGAUGAGGCAUCAAACAGUCAGGAUAGCACUUCUAACCACCAUACUAAUACCACAUGUACGGAUCGAAGCUACAGCAAUAUAAGUCUUUCCCUGCAAUGUAUCUGCACUAUAUCUGCUCUACUUUCAUCUUUUCUUGGGGUUUCCAAGAAUGGACCUCCCCCCUCAGUUUGUGGUUUUUAUCAUGCACAGAUAAAGUCACAGGUUUAAAUGUCAUGGCACAAAAAAAAUUUCAUUGUACGUUUUACAAAAAGAUUGCAUCAUAUGCCAGCCUUCAAAAAUGAUUUCACAAUAACCAAUCGCCCCUCCAACUUCAGACUAUACUCUUUGCUAAGUGAGUUUGGGAUUGUUACACAGGUUUCAUUGUAGCAAUACACAUGUACGUCUGCACACACUCAUCUGUAGAUGUGAAUAUUGUUUAUAUGUGGAAAAGAUUCUGCAACUAUAUGAAUAUAGUAUUAUGGAUUAAAAAGAUAAUUAUUUGUACAAUUCUAGUGUGACUAUGCUGUGUGGGCGUAGAGAGCUGAAUUUGUACCAAAGAUGAACAUUGCUGGACUAACCUCACAAGGCUAACCCCAACAGUGAAAGUACUGUGACUGAUCACACAAUAUUUUACAGCUGGAGCUCUUCCAGAUUCAGCAACUUUUAACUACUUUAUAUUCGGUCACUGCAGCACUUCCCAUUCAUUGUCUAUGUAUGCAGACGUGCAACACAUUGUGAUGGCAUCGUAAUGAGUUAAAGAGAUGUAGGGUUGUGUUGCUCCUCAUUUGCAUAAAGUUGAGGUCUGCUCUACUUUAUGCAAUCGGGGGUGUCCAGCUGCCACUCAGUGCCUGUGGAACUUCCAGAAAAUUUUUAAAACUACCUGUUGUCAUUGCAAAAGGAAGACAGAUUCAGCAGCCAGAUGGCUUGUUUCUCGCCUCACUGUUCUCAGAAACAAAUCUUGGUUUCCUGUUGAAGAGCCCCUCUCAGACAUCUGGUGUGGCACUGCCAAGUAAAGAGAAGCUGCCUGACCCCUCACGUUUAAAAACACUCCUGGUAAUCCAAACCAUUAGUUGGUUUAAAGGCUUUGUUAUGGUUAGGUGUUGCAAAAUUAGCAUUUGCUAUUAGCAAUAUGAUACUUGCACGAGGUAGCUGAUUUGAGUUUAUAGUUGUAUACUGUAGCUGUCCCUAAAAUAGUUGUUUAAAAAAAAACAUUAUUAAAUACAUUCGUCCAGCAGUCUCCAGCAUAGAGGUCAGGCAGCUCUAAAAGGUCUGUUAUACAGUUUUCACGCUUUUCUCUUAUUUUUACAUUUAAAAACUACAGUCAGUUUGUGUCCUGAAAUGCAGUGUGAAUUGAACAUACAGUUGCUGUAAAGAGCAUGACAUGGUAGUCAUUUGUUUCCACUGACUCCUACAAUUCGGAAUUUUUAUGAAUGACAAUGUGGUCAUGAUUUCAUCUCCCGAGAUCUCAAAAUGAUAAGCGAGUGGUAAAGAUUACUGAAAGAGAGAAACUGAAAUGUCAGCUACACUGUCAGUUGUUCAGCAUUGUGCUUACUCUCUAAAAUAUGUUUAAUGAUCUUUUUAAAACCAUUUAUGACCUUUGGAUGAUAUAUACACUACCUGCCAAAAGUUUGGACACACCUUCUCUUUCAAUGUUUUUUCUUUAUUUUUUACCACUUUCUACAUGGUAGAUAUGUACUGAAUGCAACAAAACUAUGAAGCAAGAUAUAUGGAAUUUUGACAUUGCAGACGCUUAUCGUAAAUUAUGCCACGGUGAUUGUGUGUCGUUCUCAGAGCUAAAGCCGAUCCAGUGAAAUAUUACAAUGUAUGACUUUUUUUGGACGUUCAGUGUAUUAUUAUUAAUAGUAUAAUUCACAAUUUAUGCAUUUUUUAAAAAGGCAUAUUGUAAUUUACACACACCUACAGUUAAAGAUAAUGUUGAUUAUAGUGGCAACACUAUACAAACACAGUAUAUUAUUGAGAAGUGUAGUUACAGUAUUAAACAGUAAACAUAUUCUAAUGUAGAGCGUUGAAACCAAUUAUACUGAAACCAACUACUUAAGUAAUUUACAAUUAUACAUUUCAUAAAGCUUUACACCAGUUUGAUUUCAGUUACCAGAGAACUUCAUAACCCUGACCUCUCUCACACACACCUCAAACACAACGCAGGUGGGGAAAGUUUGGUAUGAUGAGCUCAUUUUUCCAGCCGGCUCACACAAACAACAAAACCGCAUGUAAUUUCCUGUACACAUUUGAACUUGUAGAAAGUGUCCCACAAAGUAAUUUAGAGAAAUGCAGAAAAAACAAAAAUGAAGUCACCAAAUACAUUGGCCUACACAAGACAGGAACAUUUCUGAACUUAUCCACUAAUAAUAAUAAUAAUGGAUUAGAUUUAUAUAGCGCUUUUCUAUUCAGGCAUACUCAAAGCGCAUACAAUGAAUCCAUCAUUCAUUCACUCACACAUUCUCACUCUGGUGAUGGUAAGAUACAUUUGCAGCCACAGCUGCCGUAGGGCAGACUGACGGAAGCAUGGCUGCCAAUCCGCACCUACAGCCCCUCCGACCACCACCAACAUUCACACACCAGUGUGAGUAGCCGCACUGAAGGCAAGGCGGGUAAAGUGUCUUGCCCAAGGACACAACAGCACAUGACUAGGUCAGAGCAGGAAUCGAACCGCCGACCCUUUGAUCAUUGGACGACCCGCUCUAUCACCUGAAUCACAGCCGCCCCAAUCAAACAUGCAGCGACAUGUUUAAACAUGCAGCGACAUGUUCAUAAACGCAGACAAUACAUUCAUUAACAUAUUGUCCACAGCGGAACUGAGCACUAUGUAGUCAUUCAAUAGUUUUUAAAUCAGGACUUCCCCAAUGAGGACUUGGUAGACUACAUGCUACACUGCAGCUGUGUUUUACUAUAUUGUCCUUCAUUAUUGAAUGUUGCUGUUUUUAAGAGACAGAAUAAAUAUCUACAGAAUGUGAAACAAAAUUGCUAAAACAUUAUUACACUAAGUAGUAAUCACAUUGUGUUGCCCUUAUGGUAAGUUGUGUUUUUACUGACUGCCUUUUGUAACCACAGGGUCUAACCACUACAAGGAGAACAACCUCAUUCUCAGCAUCGUCAAGACCAAAAAAAUUCAUAAUCGACUUCAGGAAGAAUCCUCCCCCUCUAUAGCCCCUCAUCAUCAAAGGGAGUUGUAGAGGGCUGACAGCUACAAGCUCCUGGGCCUGCAGCGACAGCACACAUCUGAUCUCAUAAAGGAAGAAGAGGCUGCUGCUCAUAAAAGACCGACUGAGACAAUCAGUGGAGCUGCAGUGCUUACACGAGGGAAGAUACUAUCAACUGGAAAGCUCAACGAAAUCAGUGUGACAGAAAAGAGUCAGCGAAGUAACUGAAAUCAAUAUGUCAUCAACAAUGUGCGACUUUGACCUGUCUCAAGCUCUGCCCAGCUCCAGUGAAUUAGAUGAGGAAAUAAUUGAACCCUGCUGCAUCGACAUGAAGGAGCUUCAGGAUGAGAUCAUUAGACUGGAUAAGGGACUGGAACUGGAGGUUUCUCGCCGCAAGAGGACCCUGCAGGGUGUAGCUAACCUGGUGCUGGCCAUCAACAGAAUGGCAAAGCCCCCAUCUAGAUGCGGCCGUGAGCUCAGUGAAGAUGAAUUCUGCAGCUUGAUCAUGGACAGCGUGAUAGAAGAAACUGUUGUGAAGACUGACAGGAACUGGAGCACAGGAGACGGAAGAGUGACUUUCCAGCGUGUCAACAGUGGCAUGCAGUUCUCGUUGUGUGACAGCGUCCAGAAAGACAUUGUGCAGCAGUCAGGAGACCUGAAACUGCAGGCCAUCACACUCAAAGGAGGACACUAUGAGCGUAAAGUGAAUUUUAAGAUGGCAAGGUACGUCCCUCUCGGUGUCUGUGCUGCUGACGCUCAGACGGUUCUCCUCUCCAUCACCAACAACAUUCACAUGUCCUGCACCAUGACAGAUGGUAAACUUGAGCUGACUCUGGAGAACUGUAGCAAGGACGAGCUUUUGAAGAUCAGCGACAACCAAAACAUGGACCGUUUCCUUUUCUUCAAGAGGGCCUCGGCACUCGCCUUGUACACCUUUGAGUCUGUUAAAUACCGCGACUGGUUCAUCAGCACCUCGUCUAAGGAUGAAGACCAACUUGUGGAAAUGUGUAAAGUGGACACUGCCGGCCGUCUCACCAGCUUCAAACUUAAAUAGAAAGUGUUGCCGAUUUUUUUUAUUUCUCUGCUUUACCACUAGAUAGAGCAAUUGCUACAAGAUAUUCAUGAGCAUUUUAAUAAAGUCACUAGAAGUCUUUUAACUUUAUAUAAUUUUUUUUUACGUGAACAUGCUUAAUAAAAGAAUAUAUCUGUCUUCUUUGAUGGAGACAUUUGUAAAAGGAUAUUCCUCAAAAGUAUUGUCUGUUGUUUUUUCCUAACGUUUACUGAUAUCACUUUAUUUCUGUGUCCUGUCAUCACAGUGUUGUUCUACAAGUAAAAUAUUGCGUGUAAAGGGCGGAAAAAAAUAAAACAUUAAUACUGUCUGA